CGGAGACAGCGAGCGAGAAGCCACCGCCUUGGGAAGCGCGCGUUGCUCGCGCUGGGCGAUGCGGUGCAAGGGACCGCCCAGGUGCAGGCAUGGCAGGCGUGGGCUCCCGCAUCCCGCCCCCCUGGGCUGAGGUGGCCCUGACGAUCUAUGAGCUCCAUGGCACCUCGGCCCUGAACUUGCUCACCCGCGCCGCUGACAUGGGAGGCGCGUACCACGUGGGUGUGGAGGUCUACUGGCUGGAGUGGUCCUUCGGCUGGUGCGAGGAGGGCAGUGGCGUGUACAUGGUCUUCCCGGGGACCAGCAGCCUCGGCAGCCUCCGGGAGCGCGUGCCCUUGGGCCGCACCCCUUUGACCCCCGAGGAGGUUUUCCGAGUCCUCGACCUUAUGAGGCACGAUCUGCCCGGCUCGAACUACGACCUUUUGCGCUGUAACUGUGCCCACUUCAGCGUGAAUUUUGUGAAGAAGCUGCGCGUGAGUGAGGCACCGGCCUGGGUGAACUCGCUGGCCAACGUGGGGGAACACUUGGUGGCGCAGCUGGGUAUGGCAGGCGCGCAGGCCGCGGCAGAUGCGGCCACACCCGCAGAGAGGGACCGGGUGGCCCCGAAGUAUCAGCACUUCGGCGACGACGACGAGUUAGAGGACUUGGCCGGCGACGGGGACGACGGAGCGAUGCGGGAGCUGGCCUGGCGCAACGCGCAGAACUUCGUGCUGGAGAAGGCGCGGGAGGCGGAGCAGGACGCCAAGACGCUGGACCUGGCCAUGGAGCUCAAGUGGAACCCACGCUCCUCGGACCCUGGCCUCGCAGCGAAGAUGGCGGAGCUCUUUGAGGACCCCAGGUUGUGGCAAGUGCUGGCAGAGGCCUCCGCGGCGGGGUUCGGCCUGCCCUGCCCUUUCCUGAAGGGAAAGCAAGAGGCAGGGGCAUGGUCCUGGACGGGCGAGGAGUCUGAGGAGGAGGAGGAGGAGGACGGCAACUGCGGCAAUCUCAGGGUGCGGAAGGUGUUGCGUGGCGCCUCGGGGCGCCUGCUGACAGCACGGCUGCAGCUGCGGGGAAAGGCCUUGAGCAAAAAGGGCCAAGCGCCCGGUUGGCGCGGCGCCGACUUCCGGGAGGCUCUGCGCCAGGCGGUGCUGCCCCGACGAGGACUGUCGACCCGCUGGCCCGCGGGAAUACCCCAGAUCAUCGCGGACCUGGAAGUGGUGACAUCGCCGGACCAGGCACUCUUCGGGUCCCGGGUGGAGACCUCCGCGGGCCCCGCGGGCGGCAAGGUUCUUCAUUCCCAGGGCCGAGCCCCGAAGCCGGCCUUUCAACCACCCACCAGGAAGCCAGUGGCCGAGAUCCCGGUGCUGCGGAUCGGCCAAGAGCUGCAGCAGUGGCAGCAGCAGCAGCGCCAGCUCUGGCACGCGCAGCAGCAGCAGAUGCCGCAGUGGAAGUGGCAGGUUCAGCAGCUGCAAGUGAAAGCUCCGGCCAAGGCCCAGCCAGCGUUGGACGAGGCGGGGCAGUCCUUGCUGAAGCUUCAGAAAAUCCAGCAGCUGGACAAGCUGCGACGUGCGGCCUCGGCCCCUCGCUCCUAAGCACGCUAUUCGGCGAAUUGAUACGCCGGGAAUCCGGCGUAGAAGAAGCUGGGGAGGGAUGCAGGUGUGUUUUUGUUUCCGGGGUG